AUGCGCUUUAAGGAACUGAUACGUAUUUUCUGUCAAGUUAUUGGCGUCGCCAGUUAUUUGGCAAUCGCAGAUGCAAAUGUAACUAAUACAGAAUUCACACGGAUUGAAAAUGCCGUUUUGGAAGACCUUUAUAAUCAUACGCAGCAAACCACUUCGUUAAAUGCCUUUGCUUCGUGCGCUGUUCUCUGCUCCCAAACCGUCGGUUGUAAGUCAUUUACUUGGAAGAAAGACACAUUCAGCUGUAUUUUGCUUCAAAGAGACAUAAAAAGAAAAUCGGGGGAUCCUCCUAUUCCUUCAGACAUUGCAUUAUACACAAAAUAUUAUCGUAGUUGUGCUGAUUUUGGAUACGAAGAAAUCAAUGACAUCAGUGAAUAUUGUUUCAAAUACAAUGCUGUAAAGAAACCAUACACAGAAGCACAGAACACGUGUCAAUACGAUGGAGGACAUCUUGUACGAAUAUCAACAUCGGCAAAACAUGGAUACAUUCGAUCUUUCAUGAAUCUGAAAUCAAAGGAGGCAAUCCUUAUUGACGGCACUGAUCUAAUUGAUGGAACAUGGCGGCUUUCGGAUGGAAGGUUAAUGUAUCUGAAUUGGUUGCCAGGGGAGCCAAAUAACAAAUAUGAACACUGGUUAAUGAUGAAUGCGUUUGGGCAACAAAACGAUAUAAUGCGUAAUGUUUCGCUGUUUUUUAUUUGCGAACGACAACUCAAUUUAUAGUAUGUAUUUCAACAUAUCUGUAUUACAGAAAAUUGAAUAAAGGAAGAAACAGUUUAUU